CCAAAUCUUUCCCCCACGUUUGCUACUCUCGCGGAUAACUGAAUGAAUGUGGCGUGUACGUAUUGUUGCGCUUAGAUUAACAAAAACGUCGUCUUCAGUUGUCACCAGCAAACCUGUAAGUGUCUCACGGCAGUUACAUUCACAGACUAACUGCUGUUCUGUACUUUUCGUGGACUUUACUCGCACAGAACCACGAUACAUGUCAAGUCAACCCAAGAGAGUCUGCACUGAAAACAUGACCGUUAAAAAGAUUGGGACACACAACGGCACCUUUCACUGCGACGAGGUCCUGGCUUGUUUCUUCCUCCGUCAGUUACCUGAGUAUACGGACGCUGAGAUUGUUCGGACCAGGGACCCAGCACUCUUGGCAGAAUGUGAUGUUGUUGUGGAUGUUGGAGGGGAGUUUAACCCAAAGAGGCAUCGCUAUGACCAUCAUCAGAGGUCUUUCACAGAGAGCUUUAACAGCCUGUGUCCAGAAAAACCGUGGGUGACUAAGCUCAGCUCUGCCGGUCUGGUCUACUUACACUUUGGUCGUCAGCUGCUGGCUCAGCUGACACAGCUGAAGGAGGAUGACAGGCAGCUGGAGGUGCUUUAUGACAAGCUGUAUGAGAACUUUGUGGAAGAAGUGGAUGCUGUAGACAAUGGCAUCUCACAGUAUGAUGGGGAGGCUCGAUACGCCGUCUCCUCCACGCUGAGCGCACGUGUCUCACAUCUAAAUCCUCCCUGGAACAGCAAGAGUCAUGAUACUGAGGAAGGUUUCAGUAAGGCUUUGAAGAUGGUUGGGGAGGAGUUUCUGGACCGUCUGGAUUACUACAAGUCCUCCUGGCUGCCGGCUCGUGUGAUUGUGGAGGAAGCUGUCAAGCAGAGACAUCAGGUCGAUCCCAGUGGGGAGGUGGUGUUGUUCUCUCAAGGUGGGUGUCCCUGGAAGGAGCACUUGUUUGCCUUGGAAAAGGAACUUCAGGUGGAGACCCCUAUCAAGUUUGUCCUUUACCCAGACCAGAAUGGACAGUGGCGGGUCCAGUGUGUCCCUGCUGGACUCAACACCUUUCAGAACAGGCUGUCGCUUCCGGAAGAGUGGCGCGGUGUACGAGAUGAGGCACUGUCGGAGCUCAGUGGGAUUACGGGCUGCAUCUUCGUCCAUGCCGGGGGUUUUAUUGGCGGGAACAAGACCCAGGAAGGAGCCCUGGAGAUGGCCCGGAGGACCCUGCAGGCUGCUGCCCAAUCCCCGACAAACGGAAGCAGCUGACCGCUUUAAGAAGACAACAGAUUGUUUGAUCUGUCAACCAGUGUUGAUAGAUAAUAGCAAAAAUGAAUCUGUUUGUUUGUUAUCAUGCAGAUUACAUUGCAGCCAGGUUGAUAUUGUUUUGUUAUGUGGUGCAAGAUGGGGGAUGGAAUGAAAAUGGUAACCAAAUAAGAUCAGAGCAGUCUCUGCUUUGCAUUGACUCAUACUGGAUCAUAAUGUUGGCUCAUAUGUCUUUUCUCUACCAGUCUUUGUUACUGUGAAUCUAUUUCAGUUUUAAUUGGCAAUAGAAGUUUAUAGUUUCAAGGCAUUUUGGUCUUUUGAAAUCAGUACAGUGUUAAAUCUAGCAAUAAACUCCAUGUUUUUCCUA